AGCUAAGAAACUAGAACUUCACUCUUAUGAAAUAAUUAAAUACUUGAAAUAUAAUUAAUUACAAGGGGGGUGCCAUUGCUGAAAUCACUUUGAGAGGUAAGAAUGGGCAUGCAAACUCUGUAUCUUAAAGAACAUGAUGGGAUUGUACAUAAUCCCAUGGGCCAGUUGGCGUCAGUACCAUCACUGCCUUGGUGGAGUGCCUUAGGAUCUCAGUCAGUUUAUGGGGAGUCUUGUGGCCAAUUGAAGCCUUUGUUGAUGGAACAUCCGUCUAAUGGAGACCAUGUCACUUCCGCUAAGCAAUCUGGGAGGGGUACUGAACAAGAGCUGAAUAAAGGAAAUCUUUCUCAGUUCACUAUAUUCCCUGGUGAUUGCAAAAAUACUGGGAACGGACAAAAAACUCAGGCAGUCAUCUCUCUACAAUCAGCUCAAUCAGAACAUCGUGCCCGCUUUGAGCUAGGAUUUGGUCAGCCCAUGGUCUGUUCAAAAUAUCCUUACAUGGAUCAGUGCUAUGGAGUUUUCUCAACUUAUGGAUCUCAAAUUGCGGGUCGUGUUAUGCUGCCAUUGAGCUUGACAACGGAGGACGGACCUAUAUAUGUAAAUGCCAAGCAGUACAAUGGAAUCAUUAGGCGUCGACGAUCCCGUGCAAAGGUUGUACUUGAGAAUAAAGUGACUAAAGCUCGGAAGCCAUAUAUGCACUACUCACGCCAUCUGCACGCGAUGCGCCGGCCAAGGGGAUGUGGUGGCCGUUUCUUGAAUACAAAAUGUUUAAAAAGUGGCACGGAUGGAAUGGAGAUGAAGAAAGCUGCUGAAGGAAAACUUUCUCACCUUAGAGGUUCACAAAAUUCUGAAGUCCUGCAAUCUGACAGUGGAACCUUGAACUCAUCCAAGAAAGCAAGUGGAGGAGGCUCAACUCUUUCAGGAUCAGAGGUGACCAGCAUGUAUUCCAGGGGAGAUCUUGAGCAGUUCCGAUUCAAUCAUCUUGGACUGUCUGUCCACUCUUUCCCAUCGAUGAUGGACAAUGGGCGUGGUACUGUUAUUUCCAGCAAGUGGAUUGCAACAGCAGAUAACUGUUGCAACCUGAAAGUUUGAUAGCAAAGGAUUAGUGGGAUUGGUGCUAAGUUGUUGCACCUACCCACUUUCCCUGCAGCAACCAAAUGAACUUCGCUGCAUCAGCUGUUAUAGGUUUUGCAACAGGUUUUGGUUGCUAGGCAAAUCAUUCUUGGCUCAUCUCAAUUAAGCUCUUCUUUACCAUUCCGUGCAACAAUGCUGUCUUGGCGUGGUGGAAGAUGCUCAAACCUUAAUAUAAGAAAUGGAUUGGACUAUAAAUGGGGUGCUUCCACUGAUCCAAUAUAAACUUGAAAGUUCGGUUAAGUGCUUGUAAUCCUAGUUAUAUAGAAUUGUGGUGUUCCUAAAUCGUGUUGUCUACAUGUCUGUUAUGCUUGCUUGUAAAAUAAUGUACUGUAGAAUAUUAUGCUUGUGUUUUUUUUCUUUUUUUUCUCCCUGUUUUAUCCUAUUCUUGAUCUGCUGUGUAGAUACAUCUCUGAUAGGAGUACACAAAUAUUUUUCUAUUUUAGAGAUCUGUGGAAGCACGUUUUAGAUGGGGCCUUUAAAAGUGCCAUUAUAUGGUUGAAGAAACGUGUAGGAAGUUUGCAGCUUAGGGAAAAGAAAAUAUAAUCUCAUAAAUUUUCUUCUGAUAUAAACAAUUAUGAGAAAAAGGGUGGUAGCCUGGUCAUAUGCUUUGUUUAGAUAUCCAAAUUGUUUUUAUAACCAGUAGCCAUGCCCAUGAACCAGAAUCAAGGAAACAAAGAGACCAAGGCAACAUGAGAAGUACUCGAAACGAAAGCUUUGCCAUCCUCCUCUUACUGCUAUUAGCCUGUCAAGA